UACUAGUGAGGUUUUUACUUCGAUUGGAGGUUCUUUGUUCCUUAUGGAUGGAGUUGUUGAUAUUUUUUAGGCCGUCAUUUUUUAUCCCUUUUGUUUUUUGAUUUUUUAGUAUGUUUUUUUUUCAGUCGUGGCAUUUGAAUAGGUGGUGCUCACCGAAUAGUGAAAACGAUGGAGGGAGCAACAAUAGUUUCUACUGGCUUCUCCUUUCCAUAAGCUGGGCUUGGCCUUGGGCGUUAAGUUUUAUGGGACUCAAAAUUUAUUUUCUAAACUUGAUAAUAGAGCGAAAAUCAGCAGGCAGGAACCUCUCCCAGACGGUGUCGGAUUGGGCGGCAUUGUUGAACAGAGAAGAGACGGUGGACAAAGUGCAGGCAUCGCCAGGAGUCGUAAACGACAGCACGUCUGAUAUGCAACCUUCAGGCAACACAGAGAUGUCAGCUUCUCGACUAGCGUCCAUUGACAGCUGAAUUUGAGUGCUGUGAGUUUCCGGCCAUCUUUAACUUCGGUGACUCGAAUUCCGAUACCGGUGCAAUGCCGGCUGCCUUCCUUCCCCCUAACCCUCCUUAUGGAAAGACUUAUGUUCAGAUGACUCCAGAGAGGUAUUCUGAUGGAAGACUGAUUAUAGAUUUUACGGCCCAGAGUUUGAAUCAUCCCUAUCUGAGUGCAUAUCUUAAUUCCAUGGGGACAAACUUCAGCCAUGGUGCGAAUUUUGCAGCAGGAGGAUCCACAAUCAGAAUACCAACUAGCAUUAUACCUCAUGGGAUAUCUAGUCCAUUCUCUCUAGACGUGCAGCUUCUGCAAUUCUUGCAAUUCAAACUCAAAUCACAAUUGAUAAGGAAGCAAGGUGGUGUGUUUGCAACAUUGAUGCCCAAGGAAGAAAUUUUUCCCAAGGCUUUGUACACGUUUGAUAUUGGUCAAAAUGAUAUUGGAAAUGCAUUGUUGAGCAGUUUGACAAUUGAGGAAGUGAAUGCAUCUGUUCCAGAUGUUGUGAACAGGUUCUCAGAAAACAUCCAGAGUAUCUACAACUUGGGAGGCAGAACAUUUUGGAUUCACAACACAGGACCAAUUGGCUGUCUUCCUUAUAUUUUAGCUAAUUUUCCAUCAGAAAAGGACGAUGCAGGCUGUGCAAAACCUUACAAUGAAUUAGCUCAAUACUUUAAUGCAAAGCUGAAUGAGUCCAUAGUUCAUCUCAGGAAGAAUUAUCCUUGGGCUGCAUUCAUAUACGUCGAUGUCUAUUCUGUCAAGUAUUCUUUAUACACCACACCCAUAAAAUAUGGGUUUGAGCUUCCAUUAAUGGCAUGUUGUGGGUACGGAGGAAUGUACAACUACAGCAAUAAUGCAGGAUGUGGAGCUAAAAUUGUGGUGAAUGGAAGUGAAGUAGUUGUGGGGUCGUGUGAUCGGCCAUGGGUUCGAGUCAAUUGGGAUGGGAUUCAUUAUACUGAGGCAGCCAACAAGUUUGUGUUUGAUCAAAUUUCAAGUGGAGCAUUUUCUCAACCACCUGUUCCUUUAAGUAUGUCAUGUAUGAGGUUUAAUAAUAUUGCAUUUUGACAUCAUUUCUGGUCAGAAAUACAAUUUCUGUUUUUCCUGUUGAGUUAA